CCGGCGGGCGGGUUGGGCGGGGCCUAGCUGGUCGUCCUCCUCUUCUCCCUCGCGGCCCGCCGUCAGUGAGUGUGCGCGCGCGCGGCCUUGGGCCCAUGUGGAGCUGCGGCCGGAGCAGUCGCCCAACCGCCAAGUCCAGGCCCUGCCUCCGCCCCCCGGGAAGCCAUGAAGGGUAGCCGGAUCGAACUGGGUGAUGUGACACCACACAACAUUAAACAGCUGAAGAGGUUAAAUCAAGUCAUCUUUCCUGUCAGCUACAAUGACAAGUUCUACAAGGAUGUAUUAGAGGUCGGCGAGCUCGCCAAACUAGCUUAUUUCAAUGACAUUGCAGUGGGUGCCGUUUGCUGUAGAGUAGAUCAUUCUCAGAAUCAAAAAAGACUGUACAUCAUGACACUUGGAUGUCUGGCCCCUUAUCGAAGGUUGGGAAUAGGAACUAAAAUGUUGAAUCAUGUGUUAAACAUCUGUGAAAAAGAUGGCACCUUUGACAAUAUCUAUCUACAUGUCCAGAUUAGCAAUGAAUCGGCAAUUGACUUCUACAGAAAGUUUGGGUUUGAGAUCAUUGAAACAAAGAAGAACUACUACAAGAGGAUAGAGCCAGCAGAUGCUCAUGUGUUGCAGAAAAACCUCAAAGUCCCUUGUCUUGGCCAGAACACAGAUGUGCAAAAAUCUGACAACUGAACAAAACAGAAUGAAUGCUUUCUUGCACUUUCUUAGCACCAAAUAAGGAAAGAGAGGCCUGAUGUUUUUGCUUUUUUCCAUUAUCCUAAUAUGUGUUGUAUCCUCGCCAACAAAUUAAUACUUUCCCAAGGAUUGUCAAAUUGUGUGUUUUUGCAUUUGAUAGCAGCUCUUUGCAUUCUUUGGGAUGGAAAUAAUACACAGUUCUAGCUGGGAGGGCCCUCAAUCAAUUUUCCAACGGUCAGCUUUUCUUCAGUGUGUCUGAUCCUCCUGCAUUCCCACUGGAAAGUAUAAGCAAUACCUUGCAUUCAGGCUCCUAAUAACAUACCACAACCUUUUAUUUUUAAUGAAAGCUAUUCCUCUCUUUUUUCUGUACUUGAUUUAGCAGCUUUUUGCUUUUACUUUUUUGAACAUGCAUCUAACAGUCAAGGAGCUGGUGCACAGUUUUGAACUGCCAUUUCUCUGUUGUGUAUUGAGAGAGUAGCUGACAAGAUCCAUCUUUCUGAGUUGUCAGCAUUGUCAUUUCCCACCCCCUGACUCAUUGUUCCUUGACUGCUACAAGGGAGGAUUCAGAGUGGUCUGCAUCAUCACCCACUUCCAUUCAUUAUAGGUUUUCCACUGGCAACAGAACACCCCUUGACUUUGGCAACGAUGGAGUAAGGCAAGCAUUUAAAAUAGCUAAAGAACAUCAGUUUGUGUCUUUUAAAAGAAUUGGGAGGGGAGAGUUUUGCCUUGAAAUGGCACUGUUGGUUUGCUUGCGAAGAUUAAGAUAAAAGAUGGUCAAAACUGCCUUGACCUACAUUCUAAAGACUUGGCAUUAAUUGUAAAAUGGGAACGUUGUGGAAUAGCAGGUGGAAAUGAAUUAUUGGUGGAGCAUUAUAAAAGUUUAGGGGAAAAAACAGGCUUUCUCCUAAUAUUGUAAUGUAAGAACUAGCCUACUUUAUUGAGCUUUUGCUUUGUAUUUUGUUAUGCUUUUGUUUAAAAUUUCAUUUUGUGCUUUUAGCAUUGAUUACAAUGAUGCCAGCAUAACUUUACAAUUCUUCUUUUCAUCUGGGGAAAUGUACCUGGGGAGAUUGGGAGGAACCUGCCCUGCCAUCUUAUCAAUAUUAAACUGUAUCUCUUUCCUGGU